AUGGCCGCGCUACAAACGAUAUCCAGAGCAUCGGAAAUGGCUGGCACCCCUUCGCAGACUGAAGGUUCCAAAGAUUGGCGCAUCCCGAAACAGGCGUCACUUCACAAGCGCAAGACCAGCGCCUCGAAAGCAGGUGUCACGUUCAAGUCGCAAACUUGGAGUAACCCAACGUCGAAGCACCGCACCACGUUCAAAGCCAGGCCAACGACCUCAAACAAGCGAGCAGCAUCAGACACUACGAGUUCAGUAACAGUUACAAAGCAACAAAGUCGCUUUGCAUCCCUUUUCGUCUCACUACUGGCUGUCAGCCCGAUGGCUAUCGAAUACGAUGCGGCCGACCAGCAGACCAUGGAGGCAGCACAGAAAGCAUCUGUCAAGACAACACAACCGGCAUCGUCCAAGAUUCGGCCAGCAGGCGGAGUCAGGCCGUCGGAGAUUCGCAAGACCCGAUGGAAGCGAUUCAAGUACGAGAUGGGGUUGAAGAUGAAAAGUACUGGGAGAGGGAAAGCGAAAAACAGACGGAAGCUGGCACAGGCGGAAGAUGUGGAGCUGGAGAAUAUGAGAGCAGAAGAUCCGAGGGUGCAGAGUCAGAGACAAAGCAGCAGUUGA